AUGUAUUCAAGUUUUAGGUUUGCGCGUCUUCCUAGGCUUGCUACGAAAGUGCGCUAUAGGUCUCCUGCCGCUCGCUAUUUAUUGAUCACGACAUCUAUAGCUAUUGCAGGAGCAAAGACUAGUACACUCUAUAAUGAUACCCUAAAAUGUGAUAAAACUGGUGAUACAUUCGAAAUGGGUUUGUAUAUUACAUCUACAAAAGAGUUGGAAACUGCUCGGAAUGGUUUAUUACACGAAGAGUCGGUCUCAAAGAGCACUAUCAAAAGGUUUUUAGUAAAAGCGUACUACCGUUUGCGUGAUAAUAUCAUAGAACCAAUACAUACGGUUCUUAGGUUUUUUAAGUUGUCUAUGAUCUUCCUGCCGUUGUUGGUCGCAUAUCCAAUUACAUAUUUUGGACAUACGGUGACGAUUUCACGAACGGGAUUAAGCGUGAAAAGCACUUCAGGUUCGCUCCUCUGGUAUCGCUUGUUUAGGAAGGCAUUAGAACUUGCGGGUCCAAGUUUUACCAAGCUGGGCCAGUGGGCAGGGGCUCGUACCGACAUAUUCCCGGAGGGUCUAUGUCUUGAACUAGGAAAUCUUCAUAGCAACGCGAAGCCACACGCCUUGUCAUAUACUAAAAAGCAGAUUGUUGAGUCACUGGGAGUUGAUUCCUUUGAUGAUGUUUUUGAAGAAUUUGUUGAGGAUCCAAUUGGUUGUGGCGCUAUUGCACAGGUUUAUGUGGGUAAGGUAAAGGAGAAACUUAUCGCGGAAAGGAACCUCGACUUAGGCCCAGAAGGUAAUAGAUGGUGUGCUGUCAAAGUUGUUCACCCAAAUGCUCCAAAGGAGAUCAGCAGGGAUUUGAAGAUCAUGACUUUUUUCGCUCGAGCGAUAAACGCUUUACCUCAUAUGGAGUGGCUAUCCCUACCUGAAGAAGUUGAGCAGUUCUCCAUUCUCAUGAAAAUGCAGCUUGAUUUGCGGAUUGAGUGUCACAACCUAGAAAAGUUUAAUAAGCAUUUUGCGAAGAGCAUUGAUACCAAAUUCCCGCGAGGAUUUUUUGAACUAACAUCUAGGAGGGUCUUGUUUGAGGAGUAUGUGCAUGCACUCUCUAUGGAGACAUUUCUUAGGGUAAAAAAUGACCUUGAUCAAGAAUUAUCAAAGUCUGUUAGUGAUCCCUUUACUCACUUGUUUCUUCAAAUGAUGAUCCUUGAUAACUUUAUUCACUCAGACCUGCAUGCUGGUAAUGUGUUUAUACGAUUUGUUAAAACGGACAAAAAGAAGACGAAGGUUCUAUCCUCUGAGAGUGAGACAUUCCAGGUUGUCGAUAAGCUAAGAAUGAUGUACAAAAACAACGAUCCAAAAUUUGUUGAAACUUUGAGUCAAGUACUAACUGAAUAUACUCCACAGUUGUGUAUCAUCGAUGUAGGUUUGGUUACAGAGCUCAAUGAGCGAAACAGGGUAAAUUUCAUGGCAUUAUUCAAUGCAUUGGCGCGAUUUGACGGCUACAGAGCCGGUGAGUUAAUGAUAGAAAGAUCGCGGACUCCAGAAACUGCUAUUGAAAAAGAGGUAUUCAGUACAAAGGUUGAACACUUGGUGAAAAAGGUUAAACAGAGUGCAUUCACAUUAGGGUCCGUUUCAAUUGGGGAUCUUCUUCACCAAGUUCUAACUAUGGUGCGUACGCACCACGUAAAAAUGGAGGGUGAUUUUGUAUCUGUGGUAGUAGCUAUUAUGCUCUUAGAAGGAAUAGGUCGCCAGCUUGACCCAGAGUUAGAUCUUUUUGCAAGCUCUCUUCCACUAUUACGUGAAUAUGGUCUAAGAAGGGAAAAUCAAGCCUUCUCUGCUAACGACCAAUGGUCCAUGAUAAAGGUAUGGAUAGGUCUUGAAGUUUUGCACUUCAUGUCGCUGUCCGUCAAUCAAAUUAACGACCUGGUCAAAUCCGACCAAUUAUGUCCAAGCUACUGA